AUGUGGCAGCUUUUAGCAGCAGCCUACUGGGUGCUUCUUCUUGGACCUAUACAUGGUUAUCACAAGAAAGGAGGCAUCACAAAUCCUGAGGCUACUAUGAAUAUUAGCCAGAUUAUUUCCUACUGGGGUUAUCCUUAUGAAGAGUAUGACGUUGUGACCAAGGAUGGUUAUGUCCUCGGAAUUUACAGGAUUCCCCAUGGAAGAGGAUGUCCAAGAAAAACUCCAAAGCCUGUCGUGUAUUUGCAACACGGGUUAAUUGCGUCUGCCAGUAACUGGAUUUGCAACCUUCCGAACAACAGCUUGGCUUUCCUUCUGGCAGAUAUCGGUUAUGACGUGUGGCUGGGGAACAGCCGGGGAAACACUUGGUCCAGAAAACACUUGAAAUUUUCACCCAAAUCACGAGAAUUCUGGGCCUUCAGUUUGGAUGAGAUGGCUAACUACGACCUUCCAGCCACAAUCAAUUUUAUUGCAGAGAAAACGGGACAAGAGCGACUCUACUACGUGGGCCACUCCCAAGGCACCACCAUCGCUUUCAUAGCAUUCUCUACAAAUCCAGAGCUGGCUAAAAGGAUUAAGAUAUUUUUCGCAUUGGCUCCAGUCAUCACGGUGAAAUACACCCAAAGUCCUAUGAAAAAAUUAACAACUCUUUCCAGAAAAGUAGUCAAGGCGUUUUUUGGUGACAAGAUGUUCUACCCUCAUACCUUUUUUGACCAAUUCAUUGCCACCAAGGUAUGCAACCGGAAGCUAUUCCGUCAUCUCUGCAGCAACUUCCUGUUUACUUUGAGUGGAUUUGACCCAAAAAACUUAAACAUGAGUCGCUUGGAUGUUUAUUUGGCACAGAGCUCUGCGGGAACAUCUGUGCAGACCAUGCUGCACUGGGCCCAGGCUGCUAAUUCUGGUCUGUUCCAAGCUUUUGACUGGGGAAACCCUGAUGAGAACAUGAUGCACUUUCACCAGCUCACACCUCCCUUGUACAACGUGACCAACAUGCAAGUGCCCACAGCUGUGUGGAGCGGAGGACACGACCGUGUGGCUGACCUCAAGGACGUUGAGAAUUUACUGCCCCAAAUUCCCAGGCUUAUUUACUAUAAGUUGAUUCCACACUACAAUCAUGUGGAUUUUUACCUCGGACAGGACGCACCGCAGGAAAUUUACCAAGACCUUAUUAGACUGAUGGACGGAUGUUUGCAAAAUUAA